UUCACUCUCAACCUCGAUAUGCCGCAGUGGCGUCUCUCCCUCACCAUCUUCACCAUUCUCUCCGCCUUCACGCCACCUCCUGCCGCCGCGCAGUCGCCGCUCAACCCGGCGGAGCAGGCGGCGGUCUACCGGAUCCUCGACUCCGUCAGCCCCGGCACCCCGUGGCGCUCCCUCUUCCCCGACGACCUCUGCUCCUCCGCCCCCCACGGCGUCGCCUGCGACUACUUCUCCUCCGCCGCCACCCCUCACGUCACCGAGCUCAGCUUCGGCUUCGUCUCCGACUUCUCUCCCAACCCCGCCUGCAACCCUAACUCUACCCUUAACCCUUCCCUCCUCUCGCCGCUCCCCCGCCUCAGGAAGCUCAUGUUCUACAAAUGCUUCACGCACUCGAAAACUCCAUUCCCCAAUUUAUCAUCCCUCACCCACGCAUCCUCGUUAGAGGAGCUGAUCUUCAUCGAGAAUCCCGCCCUAAUCGGUACCCUCCACGCCAGGAUCGGAAACCUCAAACGACUCCGGCGGCUAAUUCUCACCGGAACCGGCGUCUCCGGCGGGGUCUCCGACUGGAUCGGGAAAUUUGCCGAUCUCGAGCAGCUUACCCUCUCGAGAAACGGAUUCUCCGGCGAGAUUCCGAUUAGCUCCUUCCGUAACAUGACGAAGCUCAAAAUUCUCGAUCUGAGCAACAAUGCGUUUGAAGGAUCUCUGCCGGAAUCGAUCGGAUUCGCAACUUCGUUGCUCAAGGUUGAUUUGAGCCACAACCAAUUCUCUGGCAAAAUUCCUGAGAAUCUCACGUGCUUGAAGGACGUCCAGUUUCUCGAUCUGAGCUACAACAAAUUUGGUAACUUUGGGUUUCCUUUGUGUUUAGCAGAGAUGCCAGAUUUGAAGGAAGUGUAUCUGAGCGGCAAUUCCCUCGGAGGGGAGAUUCCUGACAUAUGGGAAAACAUGAGGGGUAUAAUGGGGAUAGGGCUUUCCAGCAUGGGGCUUGUUGGCAGCAUCCCCAAAUCAAUGGGGGUACACCUCAGGAAUGCAUGCUACAUAGGGCUAGACAACAACAUGCUUCAAGGGGUUGUACCUCAUGAGCUUGGUGAUUUGGAGUUAGUGAGUGAGUUGAAUUUGGAGAACAACAAUCUGAGUGGGAGGAUCCCUUUUUCUGCAGACUUCUUGUCGAAAUUAGGGGGGAAGCUGAAGCUGGAGGGCAAUUUGGACCUUUGCAUUGAUGAGACUCUCAAGUCUGCAAAGGUCAGUCUAGAUCUUGGCCAUAUCAAGGUGUGUAGAAAGCCUUAUGUUUCCAGAAAUGCCCUUUUCCAUGACAGCUUUUCUCCUACUUCUACUUUUCCAUUUUUGGCUUUGGUUUUGGGUGUUUCAGCAUUAAUUGCGGUUUCAAUGUAAUACUACUACAAGAAUGUACAAAGUUGCUUUAACUAAAUGAUACGAGAGGCUUUAUCUUUAUGUAA